AGCCUGGGUGACAAAGCAAGACUCCAUCUCAAAAAAAAAACAAGAGCCACAGAUGCCAAACUGUGUGGGUUCCCAUCCCAGCUCUGCCACUUUCUAGCUGGGACAUCUUGGGUAGGCUCCUUGACCUCUCCAUCCCUCGGUUUCCUCAUCUGUGAAAUGGGCAUCAUUAUUUAUGGUACCCAUAAAUGUGGAGAUUACAUAUUCAUAUGCUUGGCUUACAAUUUAGUUUAUCUAGUGCCUAGAACAAUAGCUGGCCUACAGAAGUCAGAUGGUGUUAUCAUUAUCACCCUGGAAAUGAAGACUUGGAUUGUAUUUAAACUGGAUCCUUUCCAGUGAUGACAGCUGUGCUGACGUCUCCUCUCUGGUGGCUUUGUCCUGAUUCGCGGUUACGGUGAGCCCUUUCAGGAAGCAAUGCGGUUGGACCUGGUUAAGGAGAGGCUGAAUACGGAAGUGUACACGGUGGCAUAGUUUGUGCGGGACAUGCGCCUGAUCUUCCGCAACCAUAAAACAUUUCACAAGGCUUCCGACUUUGGCAAGGCAGAACUUAACUUAGAGGCAGAUUUUGAAAAAGAUCUCAAAGACGUGCUUGGUUUUCACGAAGCCAGUGAACGUGGUUUCUGGACUCUUCCUUUACCCUGUUCUGAAAAGACUGAAGCAUCGCAACCUCAGGAUUCAGCUGAUGGGACCCUGGCUUGGACUGUUAAUUGCCCGUGAGUCUGGGAUGUAAUUCGCUGCCCUCAGGACCCAAACCCAGACCCUUCAUAGGAUUAUCACACCCUUCACCACCUUUAUUCUUUCUUUUUACCUUUAAAAAGCUAUAUCCACACUAAAAAAACAAAAUUAGUACUUCCUUAAUACCAUCAGAUACCCCAUCAUAGUUCACAGUCUCCCCACUGUCUCAGAAGUCUUUUUAGAGUUGAUUUGUUCAAAUCAGGAUCUAAACAAGUUGCACACAUUGCAUUUGGCUCGCCUGUCCCUAUGUCUCUUUUAAGCUAUAAAUUGUCAUGUAUUUAUUGAAGAACUCAGGGUUUUGGUCCUAUUACAUUUUUUGCAAUCUGGAAUUUUCUGGUUGCAUUUUCUUAGUGGUAUAGUCCUCUCUUCCUCUCAUUUUUUGUAAGCUAGAAGUUAGAUCUAGAAGCUUGCUUUAACUCAGGUUUUGAGGGGUUUGCUUUAAUUUGGGGUUUUUUGGGCAUACGCAGGCUUCGCAGGGGGAAUUUAGUAUUAUUUUUUAUGUUAAGCUUGGCAGCAGGUGCAGGUGUUGUCAGCCUGAUCAUCUGUCACCUGACAGUUUUAGCAAUACCUAAAUCCGUGAUAUCAUCAGGGGUCGCAAAAUGAUGAGAUUCAGAUUUUAUUUUUUUACAUCAUUAUUGGUCAGAUUUCUUCUGCAAAUAGCUUCUCUUUAACAAUAUUCAGUUAUCUUGAAAUAUAGUUUGUACAAAAAAUAGGAUAAAUGCUUGUUUUUUUUAUUUAGCAAUGUUCAAAAUAACAAAUUGAUUUCCUAAUAUCCUCUAAAGGUAACCAGGGAUUUUUUUAUUGAUUUAUCUUGAACCCACAUAUUUAAAUAUACGUAGUAUGCUACAAACCAUUGCAGUUAAUACCUUUAUUGAUGCUUGAGUUGCCCACUUUUUUUU